ACGUGCGACAUACAGCGCGUGGUAGUGGAAGACACAGUGCGAUUUAACGUUAUAAAGCAAAAACGAAGGUUAAGAACAACUGAGGGUUAGAGAGGAGUUCCAAAUUUUAUCCAACAAUUCCCCAAUCACGAACCCUAAUCCCAUGAAUUGAAGCAAUUCUUCGACGAUCAUCGUCUCUCUGAUUCAAUCCCCAUCUCUGGUCAGAUCUGUUAACUAGAAAUCGAGAAUGGAUGGGAACAAGGACGACGCGCUCAAAUGCUUGAAAAUUGGGAAACAGGCUUUAGAAUCUGGGGAUCGAAACCGCGCCUUGAAGUUCCUUACCAAGGCUCGCCGCCUCGACCCAACGCUUCCCGUCGACGACCUUUUGUCGGCCACAGAAGGCACUGCGGCGGCCGAGUCAAACCCUAAUUCACGAUUCGAAACGCCAGCGCCAACCCCCGAGGUGCGUUCCAGCGCGUCGUCGCCAAAAUCGUUCUCAAACGAUCAACCCUCAAUCCGACGAAGGGUUUCCGCAGCUGAGCCCUCUUCGUCUUCAUCAUCGGCAUCAUAUACGGAGGAGCAAGUCAGCGUGGUUAGAGAGAUUCGGAGGAAGAAGAACUAUUAUGAGAUUCUAGGGUUGGAGAAGAGUUGCACUGUGGAGGACGUGCGAAAAGCCUACAGAAAACUCUCCCUGAAGGUUCAUCCUGAUAAGAACAAAGCUCCGGGCUCUGAAGAAGCCUUCAAGUCCGUUUCAAAGGCGUUUCAGUGUCUCAGCAAUGAUGAGAAUAGAAGAAAGUAUGAUCUUGCCGGAGAAGAUGAGUCCCUCUUCGAGCAGCGGGCCGCUGCCAGGCCGGGCCCCAGGGCCUAUCGCCAUGGGUACUAUGAGGCUGAUUUUGAUGCUGAGGAGAUUUUCAGGAACUUCUUCUUUGGUGGGAUGGCUCCUACAACCCAAUUUGGUGGGUUCAGUUUUGGGCCUGGGAUGGGUCCUAGGCCGGCGGAUAAUGGCUCCGGUGGUGGCUUCAACAUUCGCGCUUUGAUUCAGCUGCUCCCUGUUCUGCUGAUUCUGCUGUUGAAUUUCUUGCCUUCUUCGGAUCCUGUGUAUUCUCUUUCUAGGUCUUAUCCUUAUGAAUUUCGGUACAUUACCCCGAAGGGUGUUCACUACUAUGUUAAGACAACCAAGUUCAAUGAGGAGUAUCCUAUAGAUAGCACCCAACGGGCUACAAUUGAAGAAAGGGUUGAGAGGGAAUACUUCAGCAUUCUUCGGCAGAAUUGUCGCCUCGAGGUGCAGCGUCGCCAAUGGGGGUAUAUCCAGGAAACGCCACACUGUGAGAUGCUCCGGAAGUUUGAUUCCGUGAAUUGAUCAUAAUCCCCCAAUCAAGGUGAAGUUUUUAUCUUACUUUAUUAUAUAGAUGUAGAUUUGCCCCCAUUGUGAUGGAUACAGAGAAUUUAUUAUUAGUUUUUGACUCCUAUGAUGCAGCUUAUCAUAAUAAUCCAUUUGGUGCCUUGCUUGUGUACCAAUUGGUCGUCAUAAAAAGUAUUGCCUACAACAUAUUCUUUCUUCUCAUCACAUGUCUCUUCUGAACAAAUAUAUUUUAGCAUUUUGUUACCUAUUUACCCACCAUUACUGAUUUUGUCA